AUGGUUUUAAUUCACAAUUCAAAAGGAGUGGAGAAAGGGAAGGGGAUGAAUAUAGCGACCUUCAUUUCCGGUCAGUAAACCAAGGCAUUGCAUUGUGGAAAUUCGUGCCGCCUGGCUAUUACACAUUGUGUCGCAGUGAUACCUUUUCGCCACUAGAGGCAGACCUUUCCAGUCCUCGACAGCCGCCUUCUAGUACUUCUGGCAAUGUAGGAAUACAUACUUAUAUCUUAGUGUAAGAACGCCAUGUUACACAUUUAGAGUAUGGAAAUGUAACACAAACGACGUACAAUCAUACUAUACACAUAACAUAACAGAGAGAUCAAUUCCACUUGUAUUCCGAACCCCUGAAAGCAACAUUAGAAGUUGCAUGGGCAAGGUAUAACACGAAAUGUCUGUCAAUUAUAAUUAUAUCCCGAGCCUCUAAAAGCAACCUUCAGGGAUAUACAGUAUCAGUACUAUACUGUGAAACGCUGAGAAUUUGCCAAUUCGUACUGUGUUCCGAACCCCUGAAAGCAACAUGUGGAGGCCACGCCUCCACAAAAGCCGGAAGUCCAUUGUUGAUCAAGAAGUAUCUUAUCAACAAGUUGAAGAACUUUAUUGUUUCGAGACCAAAAGGGAUAAAUCACCACAAUGUCGGGGUCAUCCAACAUCGUAGCGAUGAAGAAAAUCGUUCAACAGCUACGCCUUGAGGCGGGAAUAAACCGAGUAAAGGUGUCCCAGGCCGCCGCGGACCUGCAGCAGUUUUGUCUUCAGAACGCCCAGCAGGACCCCCUGCUCACCGGCAUGUCGUCCAGCAACAACCCGUUCAGACCGCAGAAAGUCUGCUCCUUCUUAUAGCAGCGACCCCUCCCUCUCGCUUCACCAAUGUGCUGCCUUGUGGAUGUUUACUGCGGGUUUUGCAUUCUGGACUAAAAUCGCCUAAGGAAUGUUGAUGGAAAAUUGGAAACAAGCAGCUCACUUCAUUAUUAUUAUUUUUUAACCUACUGUAAGGUUGACAAACAUUUCCAGGUGUUACGGUGGCACAUUAAGUGUAAACGUAAAACAUGAUUAAAACCAACUAAAUACCCCGACACACGUGCCUUGGGAAUUGUACAGUUUUUCAUGUCUGACUUCAUGAAUAAAAUGACUUUCACAUUUCA